AUGAACCUGAUCACCAACAUCUCUCUUGCGAUGAACGGAGGCGAUUAUAUGAAAGGUGCCGAGUGGGGUUGUAACUUUGAACGUGAAGCCUUUCACAAGUCCCCGACAAAGGAAGCCUACGAUCAAGAGAUGGGCCAAAAGAUCAUGGAGUUCUUUAAACGGCGGCAGGCCAAUGAGCCUAACCUCCAGAAUAACAUCAACGCAAGCGCACAGGCACAGGCUCAAGCCCAAGCACAAGCGAUGAUGAACAUGCAAAUGGGACGUGGUAUGGGUCAAGGUCCCCAGCAAGGAUUCCAGCCCAUGCAACACCCAAUGCAAGGCGUUCAAAUGGGUCAAGGACAACAGCAGAUGCCCAUGAAUGCGGGCAUGAAUAUGGGUAUGGGUAUGGCAAACCAAGCUGGCCGCGGUAUGGGCCCAGGCCAGCAGAUGGUCGGAAUGCCUGCGGGGCAAAAUCGCCCUCAACAAUCACAGUUCCCCCAAGACAUGGCCAGACUUUCGCAGCAAGACAAGCUCAAGGUGACUGAGCUUGCCACAAAGAUGUUCAACACUGCCUCGGAACAACAAAAGAACAAUACGCGCUUGCAGUUGCAAUCUAGAAUCUCUCCUGCACAAUUGCAGGAAAUGACCAACCAGGGCAAGGAUCCUCUGAUGUGGUUCUAUCAGAACCAAGCGUUCCAGGUUCUCAAAGCGAACAUGAAUAGGAUACAACAACAACAGCAACAGCAGGGUCAGCCACAACAAGGGAUGGCACAGAAUGCCAAUAAUAACCAGGCUCCAAUGAUGCAGCAGCAAGCAAGCCAGCAGUCUCUACGCCAACAGCAGGCUCAACUUCAGCAGCAGCAACAACAACAAGGGCAGCAGCAGCAGCACGGCAUGGCGAACAAUAAUCAAGGCAACAACGAGUUCACGUCUUUUGCGCCCAAUAUGGACAGCAUUAAGGACCAACAAAUGAACGGCCUUAUGGCUCAACAAGCUGGGCAGAUGGUAGUACCUGCCAGCGCAGGACAAAACCGAAACCCAACGCCACAGCCGACCGGACAGAACGCAGCGAAUCAACCAGGCCCGAACCAAGGUCCCCGGCCACCCCAGCAACAAGGGCAGCAGCAACAGCCGCACCAAAACAUGAACCUUCAGCAAAUGAAGAUGAAUCAAGCUGCACAACAGUCCCAAGCACAACUUCAGGCCCAGCAAAUGAAGCAGAUGCAAAAUCAAACCGGCAUGGGAGGCAACAUGCAGCCUUCCCAAAGCCCCGGCAUGAACACACUCAACACGCCGGUUUCUCGGCCAGGGAACAUGAACCAGGCUGCAAGCCAGGGCGGGGUACAGUUUGGAGACCAGCGUUUCAAUCAAGGAGCGCAGCGACCUAACAACCAGACCUUCCAGAACAUGCUUGCAAGUCUUCCCCAAGAACAACGUGCAAUGGUCAGCGGGCUGACCCCAGACAAGCUGAAUGAAGUCAUGCAGCGCUGGCAAAGCAAGCGCCAGGAGCAGAUCAGCCAGAACGGCGGACAAAACACUCCUGGGCAAAUGUCUAAUCGCCCUCCCAGCCAGAUGGCCCAAAUGAACCCUAACAUGGGUGGGCAAGUGCCAGUCGGUAUGCAACAGCCACAGGGAGGUGUGCCAAUGAAUGGCAACCAGCAACAAGGGCAAAUGCCUCGCUUCAACCCGAACCAGCAAUUGGCCAUGAUGGACUCCAUGGACCUCCCACCUCAAGUUGCCACGCAGCUCCAAGGCCAAAUUCCUCCUGAGAUCAAGAAAUGGGGACCGCUCAAGCUAUGGCUCCAGCAGAACAACAACACCCAGCAUAUGCGGAAUCAGUUGGCAGCGAUCCAGCAGAAGCAGUUCCAACUUAUCCUUCAACGGCGUAUGAUGCCGCAACAGCAGCCUCAGCAACCACAAGGGCAGCAACCAGGGCCACAGUUCUCGCCUCAGCAGCAACCCCAGCAGCCUCAGCAGCCGCAACAACUCGGCCCAAAUGCUGCUAAUCCAGGCAUGCAGGCUGCAGCUGGACAUGGUCCACCUCCUAUGCAGGGAGCUCGGCCACAGAUGCAAGGAAACUUCCCCCCUCAUAUUCUCCAGGCUACUGCCCAUGAGAUGGCGCAGGUCAGAGCCCAAAAGCCUCAGUUACAAAACGCUUCCGAUGACCAGUUGCGUGCCAUAGUAAUUCAGAUGAAGAAGCACACCUGGAUGCAGCAACAACAAAGGAUGCAGCAGGCCCAGGCACAGGCUCAUGCGGCCCGUAACCAGAACCCGGGUCAGCAAGGGCCGAACCAGAUGCCCGUACCACAAGCCACGAUGCAGCUCCAGCAACCGCCUCAGCCAAACCAGACGCCUCAGACUCAGAAUGUCCCACCGCCAAACGCGAUGGGCCAGAAUGCUACUCCUCAACAAGCGGCCCAGAAACAACCGACUGUUACUCCCGAGCAGACAAGAAACGCCAGACCUCAACCUGCCAACAACCGUGCUCAACCUCCUAACCCGUCUCCCGCAGCCGCACCAAAGAAUCUCAAGCGCCCAAGCAACGACGACAGCAUCGAUGUGCCGGAACCCGCAAAGCAAAUACCUGCGAGACCUGCAUCGCAGCCUGAUCAACAGCAGCAGUCCCAAGGUCCCAAGCCGAUGAACCCCCAGGAUCUUGCUUCGCUGCCCCCUGAGCAACGCGCUCAGAUACUAAGAGCGCAGAUGAGCAAGGCUGGUACAAUACCACCACAGGCUGGCAAUGAGACCAUGGCACGCCUUAAGGCCCUCGGACAGGAGGAACAACGGAAGUCGAUACAGGAGGUCAUGAACGAUAUUCCUAUGACUCAAGAGGAGCACAACGAGAUGGCCGCUAAGCUCACCAAGAUUGUGGUGGACAUGACCAAGAUUGGCCGUGGCUUGACGAAGUGGUACAACAUCACCCGCGAUGACGCACGCGCAAAGAUGUUCUUCCGCAUGCGAUGGAGAAUCCUGAAACAGUUUGCCGAUGGAGAAAAGAUGUCUGUUCUCAAGAACGCAUUCUCGAUUGAUUCCGCCGAGAUCGACAACGCCCGAGCCAUGCUUGAGACUAUGGCCAAGGACAUAGCUCACAGUAUGUAUAUGAACCGUAAGCCGCAAACCACACCGCAACAACAGAACGCACAGCCUGCUCCAUCACAGCAGCCAGCGUUCCAGCAACCGCCGAACCAACCUCGGCAGCAGCCAGUUCAAGGGCAACCAGGACAGCCUGCUUCUUUGGCCGAAACUGCUCGCAGGAACUCACAUGCUCAAGCUCCCAAGGGAGGUAACAAGGGCUCGCAGGCACCGGCAGCUCCUACGACCUCUCAGCCGCCCUUCCAGUUUGGCGCCGCCUCGUCUCCUCGUGGAAACCCAACCUACCCUGGCGAGCCCAAACCGAUCGAUCUUCGUAUGCCACCAUCCCGCAAGAAGCCGAAGCCCAACGGCGCACCACAGGGUGCUACUCCCUCGCCCAAAGCCGGAAAUAAGGCGUCUCCUGAUGUCCGAAGACCGUCCGAGACCCAACUUCCCUCCAGGCCAGUCCUCACUUGCAAGGAGCCUGAGUGCGAGUUUUCGACAACUGGCUACAGCACCGAGCAAGCUCUUCAGCAGCAUAUCCUUGAAGAGCACACCAAGCCACGGGAGGACCCUAUGAAAUUUGUUUCAGAGAACUUGGCUCUGGCCUUGGGACUUGAGCCCGAUGGUUCAGUCAAGAAAGCUGAGGCUGCUGCAAUGAGCGUUACGAACUCCAAGCAAGGGCAAACGCCUAUCACUAUGGCUGCUACUCCAGUGUCCACUGACGGCAACAUGAAGCGAUCGGCUAGCAGUAUGGGCAAACCUCAAGACAGCAAAGCUGGUGCUAAGGCUGGAGCGACCCCCAAACAGGCUGAUGCCAAGGUUGCUGACAAUGUUGCUACUGAUCCAUGGGCCAACGUCACUCUCGACCCUGAAAUGCUCGUCAGCAACCUCGGAGUCGAGCGCGGAUAUGGAGUCUACGAAAAUCCCUUUUAUGACUACAACGCUCUCAGCUACCUGACACCCAGGGAUACUCCCGAGUCUGCCAAGGAUGGUGGCAGCAGCGAGCCCAACAGUGAUAUUCCCGAAGGCACAAGUCUCGAAGUCAAUUUUGAUUGGCACAACGUGGAUACUGAUCUAUUGCUCAACAUGGGCAGCACCAAUGGUGGUGGUGUCAACGACAUGCUAGCUGCGGAUGCCGCAUUGCUAUUCGAUCAGCCAUCACUACAAGAACCGGACUGGGACGAUGUCAAGAUAGACUUCUCAAAACCCUUCCAGUUUGAUAGUAGCCAGCAUUACUACAUGGCUACUUCAUAA